GGUAUCCAGCCCUUGUCGUCGACUGCGCAAGCGUCGAAACCGACCUCGGCUUGCCGCCGUGCUACUCGAGCACGGCCGCUGAUCCUUCCCGAGGGAGAUGGAACGAGUGCAUGGGAGGCAUGGACGGUCGCCGACGAACACGGGCAGUGGCCCAUUUGUUACCGGUCGAACGGCGGAAGGGUGUGGCAAAAGAUGGGCAGCAGAGCAUGAGGGCGAAGAGCCCGUCCCCCCCAUGCCGUACUGGAAGUGGGAGCCUUCGGCGUGCCGUCUGGAGGAGGUGGACGAAGCCAAGUUCUGCCGCGUUAUGAAGGGGAGGAAGGGGUUGCUGUUCGCAGGGGACAGCCUGACGGGUGAGAUGAUCGAUACUCUAAGGGCGGUCUUGCGCGCGACGCGGGUCAAGCACGUUAAACUGAAGAUGGACACGUACACAGCCUGCGACGGAGAGCUGACGCUCUCGUGGUACCGCAACGAUUACCUCGACACGCGAUUGGACGGCUUCGACACGCCGCGCUGCGAGGAGCCCGACAUCAGCAUCUCGCAGUGCAUGACAUAUGAUGCUACCUUGAGCCAAUAUGACACCCUCCUCGUCAACGCUGGGGCGCACCGUCAAUUGGGGGGGGUGGAGGCGUACGGGUCGAUGAUAAAGACCGCUGCCGAGAGCCUGACCGCGUCGAUGAGACGGUUACACGGGGAUAGCGCCAUCUUGGUGGUCAGAAACACCGUCCCGGGUCACGGCGAGAGCUUCGAUAGGAUGUUCACCGGGCCUGUCAAUUUAGACACGGCCCUCGACCUCGUCGAGAAAGGCCCGCCGGAGUUCGAGUGGACGACGAUCAGAGAUAAGAACACGCUCCUGGAGGAAGCGUUCGACGCCACGCAUGGCCGGACGCUGCUGGAUGCCUACUCGCCGACAAUCCUGAGGGCAGACUCCCACGCCUCAGCAACAGAUGGCCUGCACUACUGCUUGCCUGGGCCUAUUGACCACUGGGUGGUUCUGUUGUACAAUAUUCUCCUCGAAAAAGUGAAUAGUGACAACAAAUAGAUUUGAAUCUUGUUUGUUUUGUUUGUACUGUUGGUACUCUCUGCGCAUGAAGAGCGUUGUGGUUUGACCCAGCGUGAGUCACAGUACGACGUGACCUAGCAUGAGUCACAGCAGUAGUAGUUGUAGCUCUCUUUGCAUCAAGAGCGUACUGGUUUGUAUUCGCUAACCCCUUCGUCCCUGCGCUUUGGAGGCAGGGAAAAUAGAUUCCUAAUAUUCGCAACCUGACCCAGCGGGUGGUUGUUGCCUAGUC